GACAAUCAGAAUUGGGCGGUAUUUAGAAGCAGGAAGUGAUGUUUAUUGAUGCUACAUCUGAAAUCAGCAUGAUGAGAGAGCUGUGAACAUCUAAUUCACCUCUAGUAGUCUGAACUUUGGGUCAAGAAUACCACCAUGUGGCCAGUUAUGUGGACCGCCAUGCGUGCCUAUGCACCCUACGUUACCUUCCCUGUGGCCUUCGUAGUGGGUGCUGUUGGCUAUCACCUGGAGUGGUUCAUCAGGGGCACCCCGAAAAUACCCAGAGAAGAGAAGGGCAUUGCCGAGCUUCGUGAGGACCGGAAAUUGGAGGAGCUUGUGGGUCAGGACAGCACACAAGUCCUGAGUCUGAAAGACAAACUUGAGUUUACCCCAAGGGCAGUGCUGGAGAGGAAUCGACCAGAGAAGAGCUAGCUUGUCUUGGACUGAUUCUGACUGGUUAUGUAUGUUCUGUGGAUCUACAUCACUCUGUCAUUCACUACAUGGUGAGACCCUGUGCUGUGAACCGUGUUUGAGGCUUUUAUUGUUGUGGCUUCAUGAUCAGGUUAGUCCCUUAGGCGUAUGAGCUCAUGACUUUUCAGCCCAAUUUGGUAAAAAACUUUUAAUAGCUUCUGUUUAUAUGCAGUCCCAUCUACUUUCAUGUGACCCACCAUGAAAGAAAGGCCACAUUUGUCUAAUGCGUGACCAGUUAAAAGUAUGUAGAAGCGAACUCUGAUGUAAAAGGGACUGGAACAUGGGGAAAGUCUUUCAGAAUAUGUAAUUUUCCCACUUUGACAAGAAUGCUUGGUGUAUUUUGUUUAGUGGUACUGAAGUGAUAAUGCUGUCUAUUUAUAAUUGGACUAUUUUUGAAAACACGUGUUUGUCUAAAUGCAUAUUUUAGUUUGUGCAUCAGAAUAAUAACAGGUAAUAAAUGAACAUGAACUGGAAA